GCGCCGUCCCUGUCAGAUGUAGCAAACCCAAAACGAUGAAAUCAAUCAAUCAAAGCAGACUAAAAUAAACCGUACAAAACCAGUAAGACUGGGGAGAUGGGGGAGUGGUGGUUCCGUGACGGAGAGUUAUGGAGGCGGAAAGCUGAUGGUCCCGCAUUGGGAUGUGGGUCCCUGAUCAAUCUAGAAGAAAGGAAAACAAAGAUCGGGGGAAGAGAGAUCAUGGCGAGGGGUAAGAUCCAGAUCAAGAGGAUAGAGAACGAGACCAACAGGCAGGUCACGUACUCCAAAAGGCGGAAAGGUCUAUUCAAGAAGGCCCACGAGCUCACCGUUCUCUGCGAUGCCAAGGUUUCGCUUAUAAUGAUCUCUAGCAAUAAGAAGCUCCGUGAUUAUGUCAGCCCUUCCACCACAACGAAACAAAUAUUCGAUCAGUACCAGCACACUAUGGGCGUCGAUCUUUGGAGUUCGCACUAUGAGAGAAUGCAAGAAGAACUGAAGAAGUUGAAGGACGUGAAUAGGAGUCUAAGAAGGGAGAUAAGGCAUAGGAGGGGUGAAUCUCUGAUAGAUCUGAAUUUGGAGGAACUGUAUCAUCUCGAGCAGAACGUAGAAAGUGCUGUCAAGGUUAUUCGCGACCGCAAGCUACAGUACCACGUGAUCGGCAAAAAGACUGAUAUUCUCAAGAAAAAGAAAAAGAGGGCAGAAAGCAUACAUAAAGUUCUUCUACAUGAACUUGUUGCAAGAGAUGAAGAUCCAUACGGGUUAGUUGAUAAUGGAGGAGGAGAUUAUUGUGAUCCUGGUAUAAUUGGAUGCUCAAAUACAGAUUCUUGCAUGUUUGCUUUACGCCUGCAACCUAAUUUUCAUAUGGGAGAGGGGUCAGAUCUCACAACUUACACCUUGCUUGAGUAGCACCUGAGGUCCUGCGAAUUAAAAUCCCAGAUUUCAGUUACCAGUUCAUUUAUCAAGUUAUUUGUAGUGCCAGUACUGUUUAAGGUUUGGGUUCGACUUUAUGUAGCUGCAGAAUUAUCGUUUCUCGCCUACCUGUUAUGAUAGAAUAUGCAGUGGACUUGUUUGCUCUC